CACUGGCUGGGGGCGCGGGCUUUGCUGGCCCGGGAGCGGCGGGACCCACGGCGGCGCCGCCAUGGAUCUGUUCGGGGACCUGCGGCGCAUGAACAAGCGGCAGCUAUAUUACCAAGUCUUAAAUUUUGCUAUGAUUGUGUCUUCUGCCCUAAUGAUCUGGAAAGGGCUGAUCGUGAUCACUGGCAGUGAGAGCCCCAUUGUUGUGGUGCUUAGUGGCAGCAUGGAACCAGCUUUUCACCGGGGAGACCUGCUAUUCCUGACAAAUUUCCAUGAUGACCCAAUCAGAGCUGGUGAAAUAGUUGUUUUUAAAGUUGAAGGCAGAGACAUUCCAAUAGUUCACAGAGUUAUCAAAGUGCAUGAAAAAGGAAAUGGGAACAUCAAAUUUCUGACUAAAGGGGAUAAUAAUGAAGUUGAUGAUAGAGGCUUGUACAAAGAAGGUCAGAAUUGGUUAGAGAAGAAAGAUGUUGUUGGAAGAGCAAGAGGGUUUUUGCCCUAUGUAGGAAUGGUAACUAUAAUAAUGAAUGACUACCCAAAAUUUAAGUAUGCUCUCCUGGCAGUGAUGGGAGCAUAUGUACUGCUCAAACGGGAGUCCUAACAACAAGAACAAAGGGAAAUACCCAGGGGGAUAAAACUAAUAUAUAUUUCAGAUGGUUUCCUUCGUUGCUGUAUACAGUUACAAAACUGUGCAAGCUUUUGUCUUGUCUAAAUAAAUGACACCUAAUGAGUGAAGCUGUUGGCUGCUGGCUAAUUACAAACCCACAUAUUUGCCACCUUCUGCAGACUGCUCUCAGCUAGCCUGGCACUGGUUUGGAGGAUUGUUGUGCUGGAGCAGCUAAGGGCUCUCCUACCAUGCCACGGUGGGUUUUCUUGGCUAGUGCUGUAUCUGAACCCACUUUUGCCCUCCUGUUUGUUUCGGGGGUUAUUUUAAAUCUGUCAGUGCCCUCUUUUCUCCACCAUACAAAUUGUUUUGGUCAGUGCUUGUAAGGACAGAGUCUCUGAACAGGUAGUAAAUUCUAGGAGUUUAGUCAGACCUAAGCCUAAGCUGGCUGGUUGUGACUGGCAAAAACAGCCAAGAAGAGGAGUUUCACUCAGACUUGGUACUGAGCAGUGGAACUCAGAGCUUUUUCCCUGUAUUUGAAACUUACUCCUUCAUGGAGUAAGGAAAAAAGCCCAGAUGGCCUGAUUUUUAGAGGCCUGGUUUUUAGGGACUGUGUAUAUUGCUAGUGUUCAAGCUGUUGAUGAUUCUGCCUUUUGUGUUCUAGCUCUUAAACAAACCUAACAAAAAGGUUUUCUGGGGCUUUAAUAACACUCGUAAAUUACUGGAUGAAUAGCACAGUGGUACACUUCAGGGAUAUUGCCAAGAGGGGGCCAGAACUCUUAUGCCAGUUUAGAGAAUGUAUUAUUCUCUCCUAUCAUAUAACACCUGAAUAGUGUUAAACAUAAAAUUGAUUUUUCAUUUAAAAACUUACCUGAUAACUGUCUUUUAUGAAAUUUGGUAUUUUUCUCUUAUCUUCAAAUGUCAGUGUAGCACCUUCAACAAAGCAGAACUUGUUUUCCUUGCUGGCUUUGUUUUUGUAGCUUUGAUAAGGAACAGCAUGAUGCUUUUUUCCUCUGGAGUUCUGUUUCUUCUGUAAUCCUUUACUUCUGCAAAAAUACUCUAUUAUACAAUAAUGACACCUUUUUCUGUUGUAACAGCUCAUGCUCAGCAGACAACUGCUGAAUUUCUCCUAGUAAUAUUACUUCUUUUGUGUCCUAUUAAGCAGUUUUCACAUCCAACUGUAUUAUAAAAAUUACUUAUUUUGUGUCAAAUGGUCUAGAAAUAAAAUUGAGUAUAAUAAAUGGCAUGGCAAAAUAAUGUUGGGAUCCUUAAUGCAGUCUUCCUGGAGGUGUAUCAUCCCAGUUAAGAAAAAAUAAUGUGUUUUGUGGAGAUAAGAUUUUUUUUUUCGCUUGGUAUUGCUGAAAUCCAUAUUUAUGCUGUCCACCUACCCCAGUGUGAGCACAGUCAGCUCUGACUUUGAGAGUGCAGUCGGACAUUUUGCAGCUGGCCAAUGUCACACUGGGAUGCAGUCACAGGAGUGGCUCAGAGCUGUGCCGGGGGCGGAUGUUAGGAAGCAUUUCCACGCUGAGGGGUGCUCAGACCUGGAGCAGCCUCCUUUGGGAGAAGGUGGAUGCCUCAGGCUCAGCAUUCCAGCAGCACUUGGACAAUGCCCUUGAGUGUCUGGGCAGCCUGGAAGGGCUCAGGCUGUUGGGCUGGAUGAUCUCUGUAGGCUGUUCUGGUCCACAAGCAUGUCCAUAAAUGCUUCCCAUUUGAAUUCUCCGAUUACUGAACCCCUUCACCGCAAAAAUUAUAAACCCAGACUUGUGGCUGCUACAGCAGCCUGGUGCACAUGAAAUGUGCAGUGAGCAAUCACCGUCAUCAAGCUUCAACUGUCCCAGGGCUUCCCAAAAUGCAACUAUC